AUGUACCUGCAGGCUGUCUGGCAGCUCGAUGACUGGCUGCUGCAGGAAGAGUGCCAUGAGAAGGAAGUAGAGCUCGGUGAUCUCUCUUACAUAUUGGGGCCAAUGACCAGUACCCAAGGACCUUUGCACUUAGACAUCAGUAUGCAACUGCGACAUAGCUGCAGGCCCGUUUACGAUAUUGUAAGGGACAAACCAUUAGGAACCAACUCCACUGCUUUGGUUGAAUGCCAGACAACCGUUGCAGGUGACUCCAUUGACUUGGCAGUACGCAAAAGACCAUGUGACCUGGGCAAUGCAGCAGUGGUCUACUGUCCUGUUCACUGA